AUGGGAUAUCUCUCCAACUCGCAGAGGGCAUGCUCUUGGUGCUCCUCUCUCAUGUGUGCAACUCUUCUACUCUUGUGUCCUUUUGUGCUUUCAUCUCCCCAAUCUCCUGCUAUCACCACCAGCACUGCAACCUCCUCGGCGGGGAACAACAGAAAAAGCGUAAGCGACCACUCAGCUCUCAUUUCAUUCAAGUCCAAUAUAUAUGAUGAUCCAUAUGGGGCUCUGUCCUCCUGGGACAACAAGUCGCUUCAUUUCUGCCAGUGGCAAGGCGUCACAUGUGGUAGUCGGCACCCUGAGAGGGUCAUUGCUCUGGAUUUACCCUCCCUUGGCCUGGCCGGAACCAUAUCACCAUCCGUAGCCAACCUCGCCUUCCUCAGAAGACUGAGUCUCCAAGAGAACAAACUCGACGGAUCCAUCCCUCAAGAGCUCGGCCAUUUGCAUCGACUGCGACUUCUCAACCUAAGCGUGAAUUCUCUAGAAGGACAAAUUCCAUCCAGUCUUGGCAACUGCAGACAUCUGAUUUCGCUUGACCUAGGUAAGAACCUCCUCAACGGACAAGUGCCCCAUGAGUUGGGAUCACUUCCUCAGCUCAUCGGCUUGAUCCUCCGAUCGAAUAAUCUUACGGGAGCCAUGCCAACAUCUUUGGCCAACCUCUCCUCUUUGGACUACCUCGACUUGUCGCAAAACAUGAUUACGGGCGGCAUCCCACAUUGGGUAGCGAACCUGACCUCCGUCAUCACUUUUGGUCUUGUAAGCAACGCUCUGUCGGGGGGCAUUCCAUCUUCAUUAUGUCGUCUUCCCUCUCUUGCUGCCCUCGGUGUACAAGAAAACCAGUUAUCAGGCAUGAUUCCUCCCUGUCUCUACAAUCUCUCAAGCAUCCGUGUCUUGGGUCUUUCGUUUAACAGUCUCGGAGGGACUAUCCCAUCUGACAUAGGCAGCACUCUUCCCAACCUCAUAGAUCUCCAGAUGGGCGGCAAUCACUUCAUCGGACUUAUCCCUUCUUCAUUAUCCAAUGCUUCUGGACUGGUUUCAAUUCAGUUACAAAGGAACAAUCUCCAUGGAAAAAUCCCUCAUAAUCUUGGAACCUUGAACUUGUCAGUCCUGGCACUUUGGUGGAACCAACUAGUAGCCAAGGAUGCCGAUGAUUGGAGCUUCCUCACUGCUCUAACCAACUGCAGCAAAAUGACAGUACUACAUAUCGGCGAAAAUUACCUCGCUGGUGUCUUACCCAACUCCAUAUCCAACCUCUCCACAGAUACGCGUCUCCUUUUGUUUGAGAAUAACCAGAUAUCUGGAAGGCUGCCUUCAGAUAUAGGGAAUCUGAAAAACCUGGCUGUACUUUACAUGGGUGCAAACCUUCUCACAGGUAAUAUCCCUGCCUCUCUUGGAUAUCUUAAAGCACUGCAUCAGCUCGAUAUGUCUCUAAACUCCUUCUCCGGCCAAAUUCCACCUUCACUGGGAAACAUUAGUCAGUUGAAUGAACUCUAUCUGGGAGGAAACACAUUGAAUGGAACCAUUCCAACCCACCUUGGAAACUGCAAGAACUUGCAGUCACUAGAUCUCUCCCACAAUCAGCUUACAGGCCCUAUACCCAUAGAGAUUCUUGGCCUCUCUUCCCUAUCUAAACUCCUACACGUAUCACACAACGCAUUACAAGGCUUCUUCCCUUCAGAAAUUGGCAGCUUGAUAAAUGUCAAUGACCUCGAUGUUUCCGAGAACAGACUGUAUGGCGAAAUCCCUGAUAGCAUUGGGGAUCAUCCCGACACCGUGGGCAAUCUAAAAGGCCUUCAAUUUCUGGACCUCUCAAGCAACAACCUGUCCGGGCAUGUACCAGAAUAUUUCCAGAUGUUUCACUCGCUCCAGUUUCUGAAUCUCUCUUUCAACAACCUUGAAGGUGACGUUCCGCUAGGUGGGGUCUUCGCAAAUAUGAGCGCAUUUUCACUUAUUGGAAAUCGAAAGAUCUGUGGUGGAAUCCAUGAACUGCACCUGUCACCCUGCCCCUCUACCCAACCCCAUGGGAAAAAACACAAAGCGACUAUCUUGGUUGUGAUCAUCGCAGUUGCCAGUGGAGUUCUAGGAGUGACUCUGAUUCUCUUCUUCGUGUUACAUUACCGGACUCGAAAGACAAGAAUGAGACGUUCAUCCAUGGCAGCCAUGAGAACAGAAUAUGUUAGAGUCUCUUACACCGAAUUGGUCAGUGCAACUGAUGGGUUCUCUUCAGCAAAUCUGAUUGGUGUUGGGGGUUUCGGUUCUGUAUAUAAAGGGGUCAUGGAUUGGGAUGGGCCGCCCCUGGCUGUAAAGAUACUGAACCUUCAGCAGCAGGGGGCUUCAAGGAGUUUCAUAGCUGAAUGUGAGGCCUUGAGAAGCAUCCGACACCGGAACCUGGUCAAAAUCAUAACUGCAUGCUCUAGUGUUGAUUUUAGAGGUAAUGAUUUCAAAGCAUUGGUUCUUGAAUUUAUGGAGAAUGGAAGCUUGGAACGAUGGCUGCAUCCGGAAGUGAAUGAGCAAUGCCCGAUGAGUAAUUUGAAUUUAGAACAGAGAGUGAGCAUAGCCAUCGACGUGGCUUCUGCACUGGAUUACCUUCAUCAUCACAGCCCGGUGCCAAUCGUGCAUUGUGAUCUCAAGCCGAGCAACAUUCUUCUGGACGGCGACAUGACUGCCCGUGUGAGUGACUUCGGACUGGCGAAGUUUCUCUCUGAAUCUACUGACUCAUUCUCCAUAUCUGCUAGCUGGGCGGCAAUAAAAGGAUCGGUUGGAUACAUCGCUCCAGAGUAUGGUUUGGGAAGCCAAGUAUCGACCCAAGGAGAUGUGUACAGCUAUGGAAUACUUCUCUUGGAGAUGUUUACGGGAAGGAGACCCACAGAUGAAACCUUCAAUGAGAGCUUAGAUCUUCAUCGAUUUGCUGAGAUGGCUUUUCCUAGUCAAAUUUUGAACAUCGUAGAUCCGCAGUUGAUACGAGAGGAAGAGUAUGAAAUUAUCGAUGAAAUACAACAAAGGUGGGCUGAACAAGACAGGAUACAAGAGUGCUUAAUUUCAGUGAUCAACAUUGGGCUACAAUGUUCCAGCAAAUUACUCAAAGAACGAAUGCAUACGGGAGAUAUUCUUAAAAAAAUGACGGCAGCGAGGCAGAUACUUUGCAGGGUCUAAAGUUAGAGAGAAUGAUCCACAAAUAUUAGUAAGAUAUUAUGAAGGCUUACAUAAACAUACAUUAUGUAGCUGCUGUUACUUUCCUAAGCCGCUUGUUUUUGCUGUUGCUUCCUGUGCUCAUUCCCUUCGACUUGUUUUCAUUUUUUUUGGUUUUUGCCUUUUGUCUGUGCCUGCUAUUGUUUGAGGGGGCUCUCUUUGGAUGCUCU